UGCGCUUGUUUUGAUUUUGACGAGUUGGCCUUGAGGCUCACAUGAUUGCGAUCGUAUGUUACGCCACAUCAAUUCGUAUUGUAAAUCUACCAGAGUGUAAGUUACGUGGUCUAAGUAGCACCUAUCCUUAUGAUAACUGUGACUCAAAUAAACACGAUUUGACUAUUCAAGAAAAACAGAACCCACACUCCACCCAUGCAUAUCGGAUAGUGAAAAAUGUUUUCUCUUUAAACUUGCUGGAAUUUCAGUAUUUGUACGAUGCUUCCAUGGAUCAGGUUUUUGCUGCUUGCCUACUUCGCUACCUCAGGCAUCUCAAAACCGUACCGGCUAUGUUCCUUCCAUGUCAGUAUGAACGGACAUUAUGUGAUAACCCAAUGUGGAAAGUUGUUAUAAGUCGUCUGGUAAAGGCAAUUGUAAUCGAAGAAUCUAUGGCAUGGCUUUCUACACUUGGCGGUGGAUAUUCGUCACUUGGAGAUCACAGUGAUUAUGCGGCGAGUUUGGCUGGGACGGUCUCACUCUUUCAAAUGAGCCUUGCAUUAGAAAUUAACUCGCCUGUUCUCCUAGCUAAGUCCCAACUUUGGUUUGCUCAAAGUUUAAUGCAGAGAGGAUAUUUGAAAAAUUCUGCUAAAAUAUUGAGACGAAUAUACAUAAUGUGGAAACCUCUUAUGAGGCCUGAUGUUUCAUCUGAUAUGCGCAUAGACUACAUGGCUCUUGGUUUGUGGGCACGUUUACGUCACUUAUGGAAAACAAAACACAAAAUAAAGUCGAGUUUAUCCAUUUCAUUAUCAGUGGAUAAUAAUUUACUUUCUCUAUAUCCACAUGUUAAUAUGUUAGUCAGUCGACUUUAAAUAUAAAGAUUUAUAUACUUUCAAAAUAUUUGUAUAACUACUUAUUUUACCUUCAGAUAUCUUCCGUUUUUGUUCAAUCUCAUCAAAUACUACUCAUGAAUUAUAUUGGUAUGUUUUUUAUCUUACUGGGUUAGUCACUUAGUAGUUUAUCUUGUUCACGUCAGUUCAUUUGUCAACGAGUUUGUUGUGUCCUCAUAAUGACACACCAUACUUAUUAGUAAUUUUAUGAUUACUUGUGGUUUAAUUUACAUUCCGUGU